AAUUUGUUGAAAUUUUAUAAAAAGACAAAAGACUUAGGUGGAUCGUGGAAAUUGCUGCUCACUGUAUUUACUGUAAACCACGGCGAAGACAAAUUGAGACUCUGCUUUUCUUGGCCAAAAGUUGCUGCAAUUGCUGCUUUCCUUGGAGAUAAUAAAGGAUUUGUGUUAAAAAUGAGGAGCGGAAGAGGUUAUAUUUUGGUUGGCCUUUUAUUUCUAUUUGCAGUCCUUGGAGUGCAAAGUGCACGAUUCCUACUAGAUGUUGGUGGUGGUGUUGAUGUUCAUGUACCGCCGGGAUAUCAGCUCUUUAAGGUGCAUAAGGGAGGAGAACAAGUUGACCUAGAGCACGUGAAUUGGGUUGGCAUUCUCCCAGCUGUUUCUUCUAGGGACCACCCUUCUCACAGUCUGGUUGACAUUCAUGUUGAUGAUAAAGUUCAUGUUGAUGGCGUGGAUUCGAAUUCGGAGUCUGUUUCAGCUUUGGUUCACACUAGUGCCCAAGAAAAUUAACAUUGAUACUCAUAGUUACCGAUCUCCAUGUCUGAUCGCUGGUUUUAGCACUCAUGUACCUCGUGAAUAUGUAUCUGCUUUUAUAUAACGAUGUAUAAACCGUCAAGAUGACAUUCAAGAAGUAUGGACCUUCUCAUUCGAUGCCAUUAAUAGGCUAUUGACAUUCUCAAAUUAAUAUAAAGACUUGUGUAAGUUUCUAGGUUUUCGUAGGUCGUUUACUUCAGGUGUAUAAGCAUAUUAUUAUUUGUAGGUCAAAAACUAAUUCAGUUUAAUAUAGUAUUUUAUUCAGACUUA